AUGUGCACGCAGCGAUGGAACAGAGUGCUCAAGCCAUCUUUGGUCAAAGGACCAUGGACAGAAGAUGAAGAUCGUAAAGUGACAGAGUUGGUGCAAAAGUAUGGCGCCAAGAAAUGGUCGACGAUUGCCCGUCAUUUGCCUGGCCGUGUUGGCAAACAAUGUCGCGAACGUUGGUGUAACCAUCUAGAUCCAGGUAUUUGCAAAGAAGCCUGGAAGCUGGAGGAGGACCGUAUGAUCCUGGAGUGUCAUUUGACGUUGGGAAACCGCUGGGCCGAAAUUGCCAAGCGUCUACCGGGAAGAACUGAUAACGCUAUUAAAAAUCACUGGAAUUCUUCCAUGCGACGAAAGAUCGAGCGA